AUGGCAAAUGCUACACGGGCCGCCUCCCUUUCCGGCCUGACCAGUCCGCCGGACCCCUCUUCGAUCAACGUGCAUCCCCACAGCCAUCCCGUCCAUGGCUCUACUUCUGCUGGUGGGUCUUGGCAACAGGGCCACGCCUCAAUGACCUCUGCCGGCUCGGCUAGUCUGACGAUGGCUCGCUCAAGACCACAGGCCUCAACGCCAAUGGGCUCUGGCAAUCAGGGCGCCGCAGGAGGUAGUGGACAGCGAACUGUGGAGCAAGACGGCGAGACGACCGGAAAGUCCGGUAGGUGA